CACGAUUUGCAUUACUUUGCGGCCAGAACUGCAAUGGCUGUCCUGCAGCGAAGCUAGUAUGGCGACAAGUGAAGGGCUAUGCUCAAGUAUUGGGAGGAUGAAGCCGCAGUGGCUCCGUCACAGUCUUUGGUCUCUUUGACUAGGGCUGUCAGGGCUUCUGCAUCAUCUGCACCGCAGGCGCCAGUCAAUGCUACAGUGGAGGUGGGCUUCAAGAAGGACCGCCACAAACCUCCUGCUCCGCCAAAGAGGAAGAAACGGCCGCAGGCAGAGCUCAUGGACGUGCUGAGAGGCAACCGGUCCUGCUUACUGGCGCUUGGGUUGGAUGAAACCGCGCAGGAUAUCAUGAUAAUUCAAGCCCUUUUGCGUGUAGAGGAACCCGAGAGCUUCUUCAGGAACCAUGGAGCAGCUGAGGAUGUUGCCAAGAACAUUGCAGCACUCUACGAGGCAUGCGGGGACGAGCUCUUGAACAUAUCCAAUGGUUUCCUUUUCAAAGCCUGGUGCCUCGCCGUCGAGCUUCUGCUGGCCAUCAUGGCCAUAUUUGUGCUUGCUGCGGUGGUGGUGUGGCUGUCCACGCUUGACUGGGUGAAGGGCGAAUGCCUGUUUUCCGACUUCACCAACGGGACUUGUCACCAUGGCAAUGACUGUCGGCUCCAGAUCGCCACGCAGACUGACCAGGGCAUUGCCUACGUCAAUAAUUUCGUGGUGCCAGUGACGUCGGGCCGCGAUAGCAACGCGAAUGGCCUCAAGAUUUUUGAUGGAGCUUUCCGAUGCUGCAACUACGCACAAGCUGCCCUGUACCAGGACGCUAUCCCAGAGGAAGCCACUGUGGAGAGCAUCGGAAGCUUGGGCCAAGGCUUUGGUUCUGGUACGCCCUGUUGCAACUUCUACAACAGCCGCUUCAAGGUAAAUAGAACGUUCAGAAGCUCAAGGAUGUUGUCAAGCCUGGAUUCGGAUGCAGUAUGAUGCAGUGUCAUGCCAGACCUUGGAUCCCCCGAUUGAAUGCAAGCACUCCGAUGCCCAUCAGAGUUGCACACGAUGUAGGUCUUUUGCGACAACUUUGGAAUUGUCGAGCCAGGGAGCUCGAAAACAUCGCAAGACUUGCAGCUGUUGCCGUCAAGGAAGGGCCACCUGUGUUGAGGGGAACUGCUCCUUGUUCAUCCUUGUUCUGGGUUCAAGGUCGAAGCUACAAACUGGAAGCUUGAAAGUUGAUUUGAAACCUCAGAUUAGAACGCCUUCAUCAAGG